AUGCCGCACAAGGGAUUAAAACCACCUAUGGCGAUAUGGCAACAGCGCAAGCUGAAGCAGAUGCAGCCAAGCGUUGUGAAGCUGGAGCGAACAAAGAAUAUGAGAUGUAUUUUAAAGCUGGUGUGGAUGGUGUAUUUACCGAUGAUCCUGGGUACGACGGGUUUCAAACGCAUUCUCAAUGCAACAGGCUAUUCUUUAGCAGGAUUUAAAGCUGCAUACCAAAAUGAAGCGGCUUUCCGUCAGAUUAAGCUGUAG